AUGACGCUGGAAGCGAUCCGCUACCGUGCCGGGUCUCUGCAGAUCCUCAACCAGCUGCUACUGCCUCAACAGACCGUCUACGAUGACAUCCGCUCGGUGCAGGACGCAUACGAGGCCAUUAAGUCCAUGAAGGUCCGGGGUGCCCCAGCAAUCGCCAUUGUAGGUUGCCUGAGUUUGGCUGUGGAGUUAAGGGCAGGGGCAGGUGGCGACGACCCGGUGACAUUCAUCAGAGAAUCUUUGUGUCACCUGACAUCAGCCAGGCCUACAGCUGUUAACAUGGGACGUGCUGCCCGCGAGCUAAUGGAGUUUGCUGAGAAUGAGAGUAUGGAGAAAAACUCAGAGCAGCUGAGAGAAAGUGUAAUAGCAUGGAUUGAAGACAUGCUGGAACGAGACGUCAAUGACAACAAAAAGAUCGGUAACUAUGGCGCCCAGCACAUCCUUUCGGGAGUCCCAAGAGACUCUGUGACCAUCCUCACACACUGCAACACGGGCUCACUUGCCACGGCUGGAUAUGGCACUGCACUAGGAGUGGUGCGAAGCCUCCAUGCGCUAGGGAGGCUGAAACGUGUCUACUGCACGGAGACCAGGCCAUACAACCAAGGGUCUCGACUCACAGCCUACGAAGCUGUUGCAGAGGGAAUUCCUGCUACACUCAUCACAGACAGCAUGGCGGCCCUCACCAUGAGAGAAAUGAACAUAACAGCUGUGGUAGUUGGCGCAGACAGGGUGGUUGCUAAUGGUGACACAGCCAACAAAGUGGGUACAUACCAGUUAGCCAUUUCUGCCAAGCAUCAUGGGAUUCCUUUCUACGUGGCGGCUCCUAGCACUUCAUGUGACUUAAGCCUAGAAAGUGGCAGGGAUAUCAUAAUCGAAGUUCGUCCACCUGAGGAACUCACCAGUAUAAAUGGAGUACCCAUUGCUGCUUCUGGGAUUGAGGUGUGGAACCCGGCAUUUGACGUGACUCCUCACCAGCUCAUCACCGGAGGCAUCAUUACAGAGCUUGGAGUCUUCCUCCCUUCAGAGCUCCAGGCAGCCCUCACUGGCCGCCUCACUGCCCUCUAG